AGCAAAGGUACCGGGUACGACUUUGUCCUUUUCUACAACUUUUAGGAAGGGGACAACAUCGCUGUAAAGUCCCUAAGGCCCACUUAAACAUCACCAAAAGGGAACUAAUCGCCGAAAAUGUCUGCAAAUAAAAAUGCGGAUGGAGGAUGGAAGAGCUUUAUCUGGAAUUCAGAGAAGAAGGAAUUUUUAGGACGCACAGGCGGCAGUUGGUUCAAAAUCUUCAUCUUCUAUGUAAUCUUCUACGGCUGCUUGGCUGGAAUAUUUAUUGGCACCAUCCAGGCCAUGCUUUUGACUCUCAGCAACUACAAGCCCACAUACCAGGACAGGGUGGCACCCCCAGGCCUUUCACACUCCCCACGCCCAGACAAAGCAGAAAUCACCUUCAACAUGAACGAUUCGUCAACUUUUGAAGCAUAUGUGACAAAUAUUGCAAAGCUUCUAGAGCCAUACGAUAAGGAGAAUCAGACGGAUGAAAUGAAGUUUGAGGACUGUGGAGACAAACCGGGACCCUACUCGGACCGUGGAGCCCUAGAGGAUGACAAUGGCCAGAGGAGGGCCUGCCGUUUUGAGCGUUCCUGGCUGAAAGACUGCGCGGGGACCCAGGACAAAUCAUAUGGCUUCAGUCAGGGCAAACCCUGCCUUGUAAUUAAACUCAAUAGAAUUGUCAACUUCAGGCCUCGGCCUCCAUCCACUAAUGACAGUCUUCCUGAGGGAGCCCACCCCCACAAUCAGGGCAAUCUGAUUCCAAUCCACUGCAAAAGCAAGAGAGAUGAAGAAGCAGACAAGCUGGGACACAUUGAUUACUUUGGGGUGGGUGCCGGUUUCCCUCUCCAGUAUUAUCCUUACUACGGCAAGCUGCUACAGCCACAGUACCUCCAGCCUCUCGUGGCCAUCAAGUUUCAAAACAUCACCAGGGGUUUUGAGAUGCGCAUAGAGUGUAAAGUAUACGGCGAGAACAUCCAUUACAGCGAGAAAGACCGUUCUCAGGGACGCUUUGAUAUCAAAAUCCUGAUCGAGUCAUGACCUUAGCUAUGAAAAUAGCGCUUUUAUUCUGCCCAUUUCAAACAUGAUAAUUUCAACACAUUCAAUUGGAUAAAAACAUCAACAACAACUAGUCUUGAACAAACUUUCACAACAUACGGGACCUACACUUAAUCUGUAUGCUUUACACUAGCUUUCUCUGCAUGUCUAGGUUUUAGAUUGUAAAUUACAGGAAGAGUAGCAAUAGCAAAGUAUUUAUUCUACUGUAAAUGAGAAUAUUCCGUGAGCCAUGGGACGUUCAUUUAUUACUGUAAAUUAUAAUUCCACUACUGAUGUAGCGAGCAGUGUUUCUGUCCCCUGAGUAUUUCUGCCUAGUGUGGUCUCUCUAUGGAGUGUGCAGUAGUUGCAUACAGUGGUCCUUUCCAAGCCAUGUUGUCAUUUUUUGUUGUCUUACUGUAUUGUGAGAGAGCCUUAGUGGUCCAAGGUGUGUGUGUGUGUGUGUAUACGUUAGUAAAUGUGAGAGUUUGAGUGUGAAUGUGUGUGUAUAUGUCUAAACUUAAAAACUGAAAAUACUGGCAUGGUACGCUCUGAACUCCCCAGGUCUGUCUGUGUGUGUGUGUGAAAGUGACUGCACUCCGUUAAAUUCUUUUUCCUUUCUUUGUUGCCUUUAUUUUUUUUUCGUUGAUUGUGGGGAAUAUGUUUGUACAUCACCUUUUGACGUUUUAUUUGAUUGUCUUGCAAUUUGGGAAAUUGGGGCUAAUGAAAAGUCGGUUUGUGUAAAGCUUAUAUUCCUUUACUAUUAAGUGUAGAACUGUGUCUAGCCUGGAGGACUGAAGUGGCCAGUGGUCACCGUGGCAUUUCAGUGCUUUUAAUUGUUUUUCUGGAGACAUCGCAUAAUAUGCGGUGUUACUUUCUAAUGAAUGUUUUAGCCAUGUUCAUGGUGGAAGAAUUUUAUAUUUAUGCAGUUGUACAAUUUUUUCAGCAGGAGAAAACGUAAUGUAUGAAUCCAGAUACCAAAGUCACUGGUCAAAGGUUCGAAACCUAUCAGAUGCAAAGCAAUACCCCAUGUAAUAGGAUACUAUGUUUGUGUUAUAAAAACAACUUUAAGUGCAAAGUUGGAACACUUGUCAAAACAGUCAUUUGCUCAUGUAUUGUUAUUUAAAUCUGGGUAAGACCUGAAAAAGAAAUAAAUGGACAGACAACUGA